GGUCAUAGGAGAACUGAUUCAACAUGGCGGCAGAGUUUACAAGUCUUGAGAGUUGCUUGGAAAAACAUCUUCCACCAAAGGAGCUAGAAGAAGUGAAGAGAAUUUUAUAUGGAAAGCCAGUCAGUAAACUCGAGCUACCUGAGGAAGCAUUUAAAAUAGCUGCGCAGGGAAACUUUGAACUGGCAGGAUACAAGUUUGAUGUCCAAGAGGAGCAAAUGCGCAGACCUCGCAUAGUUAGAAUAGGAGCUGUACAGAACAAAAUAGUGCUGCCUACAUCUUCACCACUGGCAAAUCAGCUGUCAGCUCUCCAUGCAAGAAUAAAAGAAAUUACUGAGGCUGCAGCCAUGUGUGGAGUCAACGUCAUCUGUUUUCAAGAAUGUUGGACCAUGCCAUUUGCUUUUUGCACCCGUGAAAAGCAUCCGUGGACAGAAUUUGCUGAGUCAGCAGAAGAUGGGCAAACCAUUAAACUCUGCCAAGAGCUUGCCAAACAACACAAUAUGGUCAUAGUGUCUCCAAUUUUGGAAAGAGACAGUGUGCAUCAGGAUAAAAUCUUCAAUACAACAGUGUUAAUUUCCAAUAAUGGCUCAGUCCUUGGAAAAACAAGGAAAAAUCACAUUCCUAGAAUUGGAGAUUUUAACGAGUCAACCUACUACAUGGAAGGAGAUACAGGACACCCAGUGUUCCAGACACAGUUUGGUCGAAUUGCAGUAAAUAUUUGUUACGGUCGUCAUCACCCACUAAACUGGCUAAUGUAUGCAAUAAAUGGUGCUGAGUUCUGCUUUAAUCCCUCGGCAACUGUGGGUGCUUUAAGUGAACCCAUGUGGCCCAUUGAGGCUCGCUGCGCAUCUAUAGCCAACAACUACUUCACUGUUGCAAUUAACAGGAUUGGGACAGAAGUCUUUGAAAAUGAGUUCACUUCAGGGGAUGGCAAACCAGCUCAUAAGGACUUUGGUCACUUUUAUGGUUCCUCCUAUGUUGCUGCUCCAGAUGGCAGUCGUACCCCAGGUUUAUCCAGAGUUAAUGAUGGCCUUCUUGUGACUGAGGUAGACUUGAACCUGUGCAGACAAGUUAAGGACCGCUGGUGUUUUCAGAUGACUCAGAGGUUGGAAAUGUAUGCCAAGUUAUUGACUCAAGCUGUGGAACCAGGUUACAAGCCACAGAUAGUCCAUGAUGAAGCUUAGAACAUUGGAUAUUGACUGACUGAGUGUGGAUAUGUUUUGUACCGGAGCCGAAUAAUUUUACUAUGUUGACUAAAUGCACCAGUGAAAUAUUACAGUUUUGAAAAUAUCGACUGAUACAAAGAAGUUACACUAAAAAAAGAACACUAUUUUUGUAGUUUUGUGUUAAUUGUGAUUCUUGGAAUAUAAAGAAGAAAUCAAUUCUUGUUUGAGGAUCUAGGGUAUACAGAGAAGAGACACUAUUUUCGACCAUCAUGGGAAAAUGACAGGUUGUUUCCAGCCAGAUAAAGAUUAAGACAGCAUAGUUUAAGUUGAUUAUAAUUUUGCAGUUCAGUUUA